CUGUGUUUUAUGGUUGUGUGAUUUGUUAGUUGUCUGUUGUGUGGGCUAUGUUUCUUUUUUACAUUAUUGAAUGUUUGGUGUGUUUUUGAGCUGUUAACAUUAUUGACUGUAGUUGUAAAAGGUUUGUAGGCUAUGGUUUACACACAAACACAUAGCCCCACCAACACAAGUCCUACACCCCCCAAAUAUAGUUAGCUAUUCUCAGAACAUCAUGGAUGAUGAAUAUGAAAAAUUCAUCAAAAGAAUGAAUCCACCAAGAGUGGUAAUUGACAAUGAGUCUUGCAAAAAUGCCACUUUUAUACAGGUGGAUAGUGCUAACAAACAUGGAAUACUUCUAGAGGUUGUACAAGUUUUAACUGAUCUUAAUCUUGUUAUCACUAAGGCUUAUAUUUCCUCUGAUGGUGGAUGGUUCAUGGAUGUUUUCAAUGUGACUAAUCAAGAUGGGAACAAGAUUACAGAUGAAGCGAUGUUAGAUUAUAUCAUGAAGUCUCUUGGUCCGGAUUCUUGUUUCGCGUCAUCAAUGAGACGAUCAGUUGGGGUUACUACAGGAAAUGACUACACUUCAAUUGAGUUAAUUGGAAGUGAUAGACCAGGGCUAUUGUCUGAGUUGAGCGCUGUCCUCAUGAAUCUCAAAUGCAAUGUGGUUAAUGCUGAGGUGUGGACUCAUAACACCCGAGCAGCAGCUAUAAUGCAAGUUACUGAUGAGGAAACGGGAGGUACAAUUGAUGACCCGGAAAGGUUGUCUAUGAUGAAGCAACUCUUGUGCAAUGUACUUAGAUGUAGCAAUAAAUUAAGGGAUGCUAAGACAAUAGUAUCUGAUGGGGUCUCUCAUACCGAGAGAAGGCUUCACCAGCUAAUGUUUGCAGACCGAGACUAUGAACGUGCUGCUGGUGAAGAAUUGGAUGAAAAAGAGAGGCCUAAUGUGAGUGUCGUUAAUUGGCAAGAUAAGGACUACUCCGUUGUGACUAUCCAGUGCAAGGAUAGACCAAAGCUUCUAUUUGAUACAAUUUGUACAUUGACCGAUAUGCAGUAUGUGGUUUUCCAUGGCAAUGUUGAUGCCGAAGGACCAAUAGCCCACCAGGAGUACUGCAUAAGACAUAUAGAUGGUUCUCCGGUGAAAUCAGACGCUGAACGACAAAGAGUGAUUCAAUGUCUUGAAGCAGCAAUAGAAAGAAGGGUAUCUGAGGGAUUGAAACUAGAACUAUGUACCACGGACAGAGUAGGACUACUCUCUGACGUUACUAGGAUCUUCCGUGAGAAUAGCCUCACCGUCACUAGAGCAGAAGUGACAACUAGAGCAGGCAAAGCUGUAAAUAUAUUCUAUGUUCGCGAUUCAUCAGGGUAUCCUGUUGAUGCUAAGAUCAUAGAAUCUGUUCGUCAGACAAUUGGACAGACGAUACUUAGAGUGAAAGGCAACAUUGGAGAGUUAAAUCCAGUUCCACAAGAAUCUCCAACCAGGUUCCUUUUUGGUGGUCUAUUCAAGUCUAGAUCCUUUUGUAAUUUCGGUUUGGUUAGAUCGUAUUCUUGAAAAACACAGAAUCUAGUCCUCGUCCCGUGUACAUUCGAUCCCCUCUGCAUCACCAAACCUACACUGGUUUUUUAGAUGUGGUUUUCCAAAUGUCGAUUAAUAUAUGAAGUAGUAUCUUUGAGGUUUAAAGGCAUGUUAAUUGUCUGUAAAUAUGUUUUCGUGAUGGUUCUGCUUUGUUCAUUGGUUAUGGUUCAAUACCACGUUGACUGUUAAAAAAAUGCUUAUAAGUCAAUUUGACCAACUUAUAAGUUUUAGUCAAA